AUGAGCUUCCUCAGCGGGCUCAUGGGCUCGCGGGACGGGAGCGGCGACGCGGUGCAGGCGGGCGGAAACAGUAGAGACGACGGCAAGGUUUCCUUUGGGUGGGGUUUGAUGCGGGGAAAACGGACCACGAUGGAGGACUUUCACUACGCGGGGUUCGUGCGGGAGGCGCACUCCGGGGAGCAGGUCGGAUGCUUCGGCGUGUACGACGGGCACGGAGGCAGCGCCGCGGCGGAGUUCGUCAAGGAGCACCUCUUCCGCAACCUGCUCAAGAGUCCAAAGUUCCAGACGGACGUCCCCGGCGCGAUCGUCGACUCGUUCCUCAAGACGGACAAGGAGUAUCUCGAACAGAACGGGGAGGAGCGCGACGACGGGUGCACCGCCGUCAUCGCCGUCGUCAAGGGGUCCACGCUGUACGUGGCGCACGUGGGCGACUCGCGCGCGGUGUUGUCGCGGGAGGGCGAGGCGGUGGCGCUGAGUGACGACCACAAGCCGAACCGGAGCGACGAGCGGUCGCGCAUCGAGGGGCUCGGCGGGGUGGUGGUGUGGGCGGGGACGUGGCGCGUGGGCGGCGUGCUCGCGGUGUCGCGGGCGUUCGGCGACAAGAUGCUGAAGAAGUUCGUCGUGGCGGAGCCGGAGGUGGCGACGGAGGAGCUGAGCAAGAAGGACGAGUGCCUGGUGCUGGCGUCGGACGGGCUGUGGGACGUCAUGACGAACGAGGAGGCGGUGGAGACGGUGCGGAAGGUCGGGGACGCGAAGGAGGCGGCGAAGACGCUGGUGGAUGAGGCGUACAAGCGCGGGAGCGGCGACAACAUCUCCGCGAUCGCCGUGGUGUUCAAGUUCGAGUGA